AUGGCCGCCGACGCGGAGGUUGCCCCGGACGAAGCGCCGCGAGCAGCGCCGACGGGCGUCAGAGUAACACCCAUCCCACCGCCGACGAUCCCUUAUACGUCCUUUGCCUCGCAAGCUGCCGCGGGGAAAUCACCCACGCCGCCCCCUGGCGCGGCCGCAUCGCGUUCCUCGGCGUCGCCGGUUCCCGCAGCGCCGCCGAACCCGCCCUCCACGCUGCCGCAGAAGCGCGCCUUGGCCGACGAGGACCACACGCCCGCGGUGCGGUCGCCGCUAAACCCCGAGUCGCGGUCGACGCCCAAGCCGACGGGGCCGGGCGACGAUGUGCCGAAUGUGGCGGUGCGCGAGAAGCGCGUCAAGAAGGAGUCGCUCAAGAAGCGCGAGUCCAAAGCGGCCGAAGGCGGGCUGUCGCGUGCGACACCUGAGCCCAAACGGAAGGAGACGGCGGGAGGCGGGGGACCCAAUGAGUCGACGGUGACGUUUAGCGUAGGCGGUGGCGCUGGCGCUGGCGCUGGCGGAGGGAGCGGGAACGAGACGGCGAGCACGACGACGACCAAGGCAACCGCCUCUGCGAAUGCCAACGAGGGCCUGCCGGUGCGCGUACGGCUUGCUGGCCCACUGCGACCCAGCGACUUUGAACCGCCAGCGAGCCCCAUCCACCGGGCCCGGCACAGUGUGCAGCUCGCCAGUGGGCAGGAGGUUGAGUUUUUGGAGCUGUUUUCUGAACAACCCAUCAACCGACGUGGGUACGUCUACGAGAGCGGCAUUGCCGACCCUCGCUUUCCGUCCUCACACUACUUCCGGCAGACGGAGCCCAAGCCGCACUAUGCGCACUUUAGCUUCGAAGACGCUCCGCCCAAUGUCUUCUUUGACCAGACGGGACUCAACAUCCACGGCGACAGCGGCUUCCGCACGGCGCGCGCCAAUGUGGCGGCACGACAGGGCCGGUGGUAUUGGGAGUGUAAAGUGACGCGUGGUAUUUUGAAGGACGGCGACCGGAGCAAUGGCAAGCAGAAGGAGACAGACGGCAAAAAGGCCGGUGAACCACCGUCGCACGGCCAUGUGCGCGUGGGAUGGGCACGGCGCGAGGCGUCGCGCGACGCACCGGUCGGCUACGACGCAUAUGGCUACGGCAUCCGCGACCGCAAAGGCCAAAAGGUGCACAUGUCGCGGCCCAAGGAGUUCUUGUCGGUGUCACAGAAGAGCGGCAGUGGAGCAACCAGCGGGAAUGGCAGCGGGACGGGGAGUGGAAAUGGAAGCACAGACGGCGAUGACGACGAGGACAUUCGCGAGGGCGACGUCAUCGGCCUCGAGAUCCAGCUGCCGUCCGAGGCGCUGCACCGCAAGGUGGUGCAUGGCACGUACAACCCGGCCGUGGACACGGACGACGACAGCCGGCACGGCUACGAUCACGACGACGGGCCCAACAUUGUGCGCGACCGCAUCCCGUUCCGUUUCCAGACGACCAAGACAGUCUUUGAGAAGUUCGACUACGUGCCCAGCCGCGAGCUCGAGGACCUGGCGAACCCGGCACCCACCCUAAACGGUGCAAGCAACCCGGCGUCGGUACACAACGCAGCCAUCAAGAGGCAGCCUCCGGGCGCAGCGGGCGUGCCGGGCGGCGGCGAACCGCCCAACCCCAACCACCCGGUGGUCUGCAUGCGCACGCUGCCCGGGUCGCACAUCCGCGUGUACAAGAACGGCAAGCUGCGGGGCACGCCCUGGACCAACCUGCUGUCGUUCUUGCCGCCGGCGUCAUCGACCAACAGCAAGAUCCAAGAGGGCGCGCGUGAGCGGCUCGACGACGGCACGUUAGGGUACUACCCGGCCGUGAGCGUGUUUGGGGGCGGCGCCGUGGAGGUCAACUUUGGCCCGGACUUUUGGUACCCGCCGCCAGGAGAGAAUCUCAAGCCCAAGAUUGACGGCAGCGGCGGCGGUGAGGACGACGAGGACAUUGGCGACGUCACGAUGGUCGAUACGGGCGACGACGACGGUCUCUCGCGCAAGACGGUGCCGACGGCGCCGCCGCCGCUGACCAAGCUGCGGCCUGUCGCAGAGCGGUACGCGGAGCAGAUUGCCGAGGACAUUGUGUACGACAUUGUCGAUGAGGUGUACUUUUGGAUGCUGGACGGCGGCGGCGCGGGCGGAGGAGGCGCCGUGGCCGACGCAAGCAGCAGCACGAGGACAGCCCGGGCCGCUCUGGAAGGCGGACGAGACGCGUCGAUGGACGAAUGA